AUGAAAUUAGAUGAAAUAAAAAAAUGCUUCAAUUCUGAAAAUCACUAUAAACAGAUUAAACAAAUCAAAGAUUAUAUUUUAGAUAACAAUAAGUAAGAGCAUCUCUAUUAAUAUAGUGAAAUAACUAAAUCAACAUUAUAAGCAGUAGAAAAUACUUUGGAAGACACUAAAUCAUUGCCUAUUUAAAAAGUAUUAUCAACAAGAGUACAAUAUUAUUAAGUAUUCAGUUAGUAAAAGAAAUAAUGGAUUAUCAUAUUGAUAUGGUUAUUGAAAAAGUAUAAAUUAAAAUCAUUCCAAUUUAUGAACAAAUUCUAAUAGGUUAUUGUGAGAAAGGAUAAAAGGCAAAGUAAUACUUUUCCGAUUAACCUGGUAGAUGUUAUAUUUAUAUAUUAAAGAUGAACAACUUAUGGUUCUUGGUAAUACAUUUAUAAGAUUGAUCAGUGAAUCUGUUUUCGUUUGGAAUAUAUGGCAUCCAUAUAUAAAUGGAUAAUAAUCAGCUUAUUCAAGAGUGUAAUAAAGUAGUUUUACAUUUUAGAUACAAUUCAUUGGUUGCAAAAGGAUUGCAAUUUCCUAAACUAUUUUAUUUUAAUUCUUAAAAGGUCAAGGAAUUCUAUGUUCAUUCAAAGGAAUAAAUGCAUACUUCUCCAUUUGUUUACUCAAACAACUUAUAACCUGAUUUCUUCUACAUUAAAAAAAGACUCGAUAGAAAUCAAUUCUAAUAAAGUGAUCUCAUUAUUAUAAGAAACGAAUUACUCUGUAAAUCAUUAAAAUAAUUACUAUUAGCUUUAAAAAACAGUCAAUUAAAUUCUAGUUAACAAAAGUUUAUAUAAAACUUUGAAAUGGCAUUUAAAGACUUUGAAAAAUCAUAAAGGUUUGAUGAAUUAUAAAUUACAAUUUAAUCAAUGUAAGAUUUUCAAUUUAAUUUUUAAAGUUGUUUGGAAUUUGAUGAUGAAGUAUUUGAUAAAUAAUCAGCCAUAGAUGCAUUUUAAAAGAGAUUUCAAUCAAAUUAGAGCAAUUUUACUCCUUCUAAAUUACAAGUUGGAGGAGGGGGAUAUUCUACUGAUAAAAUUAGUCAAUUUUUAUCUCAUGGAAGUAUGAGUGUAAUAAUCCAUUUUAUUUUCAUAGUCUCAAAAAUCAUCACCUAAUGGUUAAAAGUAGUAACUGUAAAUAUUAAAUGAAAAAAAUAGAAGAAUAGAACAUUUAUUAUUAGAAAACUCUCUUUUAUAGAAAUAAAUAAAAAACUUUGAAGAUUAGAUUCACACUUUAAAACAAAAUCUAUCCUAAAAUAAUGAAUGA